CAUUACAUUUUCUUAUUUGAAUUACUAUGGAAUAUUUUAUUCUACUAAUCGACCCAUUUUUUUCUUCAUUGCUAUUUUAGGUUUGGACUUAAAACUUCGGAAACUCCGUUUCUUUACUUGCUAUUUCAGAAAUGGAAGGUACCGAUCAAAAACAGAACAGUACGAAUUUUAGUAUUUGCCAAAGAACUUUAAGUGAUUACGACAAUAAUUCAAUAUUAAGAAUAUCGUUAUACAAAUUAUACAAAUUAAAUAAAACACAAAAGUAUAUUCCUGAAAAUUAUUCUUUCUAUGAUAAAGAUAAUGACAAUAAAACUAUGACGAAAUUUUAUCCAUACAUGUCAAACUAUUUAUACAUCAAUAAUUCGAUUCCUAAAAGCUCCGAAUUUUUUGUUAAUGACGAUCUCGAUAAUCGUUGUAUGAAAUUUACUCCUAACGAUGAAUACUACAGAACAAUUAAUUAUUUUAAUGGAAAACGACAAUUGAAAAUAUUUAAUACACUUCUCUUUAUUAUUACUGUGGAUAAUUCGUCAAUUUAUGAUUACUUCGAAAUUAAUUUUCAAUCAUUUAAGAAAAAUGAUACUGAGAUGAAAUUAAAUCCUAACCCAUACUUUAUUACUCCAGGAAAAUAUAAUAUUUAUAAUAUUUAUUACAAAAAUACGAAUCGAUAUUCUUCACAACUUUCUGGAUUUCUUGGUUUUGAUGCAGAUAAAAAUUAUAUGAGUAUUGUAAUUUCACAUGGCGUACUUGCUCAAAUACCGAAUACUUUCAAUACCGUAUUAGAAAUCUCUUUUGACUAUAAUUUUAUAAUUAAAGAAGAUAUUAAUUUUUCUAAAAAUAACGUUAAAAAACUUAUAGAAAAUUUUGGUGGUUUUUAUGGUGCUAUAAGCGGAAUAUUUGUUUUUCUAUUUGGCGCUUCAAAACUUUCUCCAUGGGGAAUUUGUCAAAUUUACUUGUUACGUUGUUGGCCAUGUCGUCAGAGAUUUAAAGAAAGUUUGGCGAAUAGAUAUGUUUCUCGUGUAGGAAUACCAUUAGUAGAAGAUCCAUGUAAUCUACCAGAGAAUGGUAGAAUCGAAGAUAGAGUAGCUAUAUUAGAAAUUUUGUUAAAAGAGUAUUAUAUUGAUGAUUAUUAUCUAGUUGAGUUAAGAAAAACACGUGAAAAAUAUUUAAGAAUAUCAGGAGACGAAAUUGCAUGAUAUAAUUUCUAACUUUUUUUUUGUAUCAUAUUAUUUCUUUUUUCUUUUUGUGCAGACCCCUUAAUUAGGAAAUUAUUAAUU